CUCCCUUUUUCUCUCAAUUUCAUACACUUUUCAAGCCAUUAAUUUCUCUCUCUCUCUCUCCCCCUCUCUGAUUUGGGUUUCUUAAUUUCAAAAAAUUUCAAGUGUUGAAGUUUCUUAAUUAGUUGAUUAAUGCAAAAUGGGAGCAGUUACUGUGAUCAAGAACCCACAUUCUCCAUCUUCAAAAUCUUGUCAUAAUAUGAUGGAAAAGGGAUUGGAAUCAAGUUACGUACCAACUAAAGAAAUAAACAAGAGCAAGAUCAACAACAUGAAAAAUGAAAGAGUUAGUAAGUCUAAGGCUAAUACUACUACUAUUAGCAAUGCAGCAUCAAAGAAGCAUUGCCUAUGUGCACCCACCACCCACCCUGGCUCAUUCAAGUGUCGUCUUCACCGCGCCGCCACCACUACUACAUCUCACAAAAGAAUCGUUUCAUCAUCAGCUCGUCAUGUAAAUGGCGUCAUAUAUAGUAAAAACUUGAUUUUCACAAAGUUAGUAGCGCCAUCACAAAGUGGCGGAGUCAGAAAUUUUAACGAGGCGAAUGUACAUGGCCAGCACGGACUAUCAAGAUUCGGGAGGGCUGCUCUUGCUGCUGCUGAUGCUGCUACAACUUCUAGUGUACAAGUUCAAACAAUCUCAGCAGCAUUGAGACAAAUGAGUCUGAAUUAGAGAGCCAAAAGAAAAAAAGAAUGAACUCAAAAUCAAGAUUCUGUUUUUUAGAAAGAAAAAUACUUGAUUACUAUAGCUUAGUAUUUUUGUGUAAAUGGAGUAAUUUUCCUUUUUGCUGAGGGUGAUUUGUAAAUAGAAACAUAUGAACAGGAUUACCUGCAGCCAUAUGCAAGUUUUUUGUAUUGUGUGGCUUAUUAUAGAAAUUUAUA